AUGUCGAACCGUCGAGUAAAGUCUUUGGCGUUGGAUGAAGACGACUAUGAUGAUUUCGAGGACUAUGAAGACCAGUAUGGAGAUGAUGGCGGCGACAACGAGCUUUCUGCGGAGGACAAGGAACAGAUGCAGCAGGGUACCAGAAAAGUGCGUGCAGCUCUAGGGCCAGGAUGUCCCAUCACAGACAACGACAUCCAGGAGGCACUGUGGCAUUAUUAUUAUGACGUUGAAAAAUCCGUCACGUAUCUGAAAAACAAACAGAAGCCUCCCGUUGCCCCAAAGAAGCAGACGCCGGGUUCAAAGAGACCACACCAUCUCGAAAAGGAUACUGAUAAGCACGAAGAUCCUGCCGGCUUCUUCACUUGCUCUAACUCGUUCUCUGUGACGGAUUUCUUCAAAGACUGCCCAUGGUUGCACGUUCCUGAACACCGAAGGGCAGAGAUCAUAAUCACACCGCUCUAUCCCCGCGGUCGCCUGCUGGGUGGUACUUCAAAUACUGGCAAGAUGUCUAAACUAGCGGCACUUGCCGCGAAGCGCAGGCAGAAAGAAAGUGAGAAACUUGACGCUCAGAGCAUGGCCGAUACUGGAUCUCAGCAGGAUUACCUUUCUAGCUUGAAUAAACUUCGGAUCAGUCAGUCGACCAAAGCAAUGUCUGAAGCAAGCGAUGCGUCGGACUCCUCGCCAACAUACCCUCGGCUUCAGUCACCAAAAAUGGAUCACAGGAAUGACCAGAGCAUCCAAGCAGAAAACAAGCAGACAACUUCAGAAGGGACAUCAGAUGUCUCGCUUGCGGUCAACCAGCAUCUCCGCGCCGGACCCUCGGCUUUUGCCAGCAUCAUGACCAGCCGUGACGCUGAUACACGUCACCCAUCAUCAAGCGACUUUUUCUCCGUUGGUGCAAAUGCUAAAUCUUUCAACUUUGCAGAACCGAGUCCGGACGACAUUGUGACCAAGGCACAGACUGCAAAAGCCGCCACGUCGGCCGCUUCCAAAGCCAAGGAUACGAAUCGAGCAAAAUCAGCUGUGACCGGAGGCAUACGCGAACUGUCCAUCCAAGAUACUCCUAAGAUCAAGAGCAAGAAUAUCGAUGUGCUCGCAGAAUAUCGACGAAGUCACCGGAAAAAUGCGGCAAACUUCGUAGUUAUCGGCCAUGUCGAUGCAGGCAAAAGUACUCUUAUGGGUAGGCUGCUGUUUGACCUGAAAGCAGUCGAUCAAAGAACCCUGGACAAGUAUCGACAAGAAGCGGAGCGUAUUGGUAAGGGCUCAUUUGCCUUUGCAUGGGUUUUAGAUCAGGGGUCAGAAGAAAGAGCCAGAGGCGUGACCAUCGACAUAGCCACCAAUAAGUUCGAGACCGAAAAGACUUGCUUCACUAUCCUGGACGCCCCGGGCCACCGAGAUUUCGUGCCGAAUAUGAUUGCAGGAGCUAGUCAGGCCGAUUUUGCAGUCCUCGUCAUCGACGCCUCCACGGGAAAUUUCGAGUCUGGGUUGAGGGGACAGACCAAAGAACACGCUCUCCUGGUCAGGUCCAUUGGUGUCCAGCGAAUCAUAGUUGCCGUGAACAAGAUGGAUGUCGCGGGAUGGUCUGAAGAACGGUUCAAUGAAAUUCGUCUACAGAUGACGGCCUUCUUGAGCAGCGCGGGUUUUCAGCCAAAGAACGUGACAUUCGUCCCUUGCUCUGGCCUCGAAGGUGAAAACAUUCUGGUUAGAGCUUCGGAUCCGAGGUCGUCAUGGUAUACCGGGACAACGUUGGUUGAAGAGCUAGACAAGGCGGAGCCAUCGACCCACGCCUUGGACAAACCCUUGCGGAUGACUAUCAACGACGUCUUUCGAGGUGGCGUGCAGAAUCCCCUGUCUGUGUCAGGUCGACUGGAGGCGGGCACCAUCCAGAUCGGUGAACAAGUGGUCAUCAUGCCAAGUGGUGAAAAUGCCCAGAUUAGGAACUUGGAGGUCGACGAGGAACCCCAGGAGUGGGCAGUGGCAGGACAAAACGUGGUCCUCAAUCUGUCCGACAUAGACCCCAUACACCUGAAAUCAGGAGACGUCCUCUGCAGCCCCCUGUCGCCGAUCCGGAACAUUUCCGAAUUCAAAGCGAAGAUACUUGCAUUCGAUCACCUCACCCCGAUGAGCGUCGACGUGCACAAGGGACGCUUACACGUGCCUGGUCGAAUCAGUCAGCUCGUCGGUGUCCUGGACAAAGCAUCGGGCACAAUAACGAAAAAGAAGCCCAAAAUCGUCCAACCGGGAAGUGUUGUGCGAGUGGUUGUACGCCUAGACCAAGUGGUGCCCUUGGAACCGCCUUCAAGGAUCGUGCUCCGAGCAAAUGGCGAAACUGUGGGGGCGGGCCUAAUCGAAUACGAGUAA